CGUUGACGCUGAUGUACUUCCGGUCGACGAGAAUGUUGACGCUGAUGUACUUCCGGUCGGACUACAACGUAUAUGUGUAUGUGGAGAAACAGACAAUAUGGCAGAGGACAUCCCUGUGGAAGACUACCCUACUGAGAUAGUGGAGCAGCUCACAGGGUUUGAGUCGUCAGUCGGUGCUGUCAACAAUAUGGUGCAGACCGUCAUAUCUAUGCCAAGAAAUGAGCUGGUACAACGGCUGGAUCCUCUGGAACAAGCCAAGCUGGACCUAAUGUCUGCAUAUAGCCUCAACUCUCUUUUCUGGAUGUACUUGGUCACACAAGGAAUAAACCCCAAAGAACAUGGAAUCAAGCAAGAGUUGGAGAGGAUCAGGAUGUAUAUGAACCGUGUAAAGGAGAUCACUGACAGGAGGAAAGCGGCCCGUCUCAACAAAGCAGCGGCGUCUCGCUUCCUCAGGAACGCCCUGUGGAAACUUGAGGAAAGGGCGUCAAAGGGCACUCCAGGUCGUGCCCCCCAGGACACGCCGGGUCGUGCCCCCCAGGACACGCCGGGUCGUGCCCCCCAGGACACGCCGGGCCGUGCCCCCCAGGACACGCCGGGCCGUGCCCCCCAGGACACGCCGGGCCGUGCCCCCCAGGACACGCCGGGCCGUGCCCCCCAGGACACGCCGGGCCGUGCCCCCCAGGACACGCCGGGCCGUGCCCCCCAGGACACGCCGGGUCGUGCCCCCCAGGACACGCCGGGUCGGGGCAAGCAUACACCAGGUCGGUGCAAGUACAAAAGCUUUGAUGGUCAUCAGUCAAAAGGACCCAAACUCAGCUGAGAGGAAGUGGUGCAACACCAGGGGCUGGUUCCUCGCUGGCCUCUACCACAUUUCCUUGGCCCCCUUUCUAUCUGAAAGGACUGAAUAGGAGAACGCAGAGCAUUAUAACUUAUUAAUGCGAACUGUUGGAGAGGGCAAGUGACUGAGUCACUGUUAUUUUUGUAAUGCACACAAAUGUUUGUGCACAAAUAGAAGUUAACAAAUGUUUUAUUGUUUAUUUGACAGUCUAUGGAUUUCAGUAAUACAAUCAUUUGGAGGAAAAGGCAGGAAAUACACCUGUUAAAGAAGUCAUCAUAACAUCAGACAAAAUGUCUGCCAGUACCAUACCUAUUACGUUUUGAACUGGAUUUAUACAUUUUUCUAUGUUUUAUAUUGUCUGCUGUAAUUAAAAAUGCCUGUCUGGUGAUGGAGAUCAGACAUGUCACCUUGUUUAGAGACUA